UAAGUUUGACAUAUAAUAGUCCCCAGGUACAUGUCUGUUGGUCCCAACUUCCAUCUCAAGUUGCUUCAUCUUGAUUAUUUUAUUUAGUCCCAGCAACCGACUUUCGAUUUUCCUUUUACAUGAUCGUUUCGUUUAUUUUUCCUAUCUGGCCUCGGUUCUCAUACUUUUGCAACAGCCAUCGGUACUAGCUUGAAUUGAAUUUGAUUUUGACUCACAUGGCUUCUUCAUUCUUGCUCAAACUCGUUUUCAAAUCCCUUCAUCACUUCGCAUGGCCUCUUCUUGCUCUGGUGUAUCCUAUGUGUGCUUCCAUACAAGCUAUCGAGACCGAUUCUGAUGCAGAAAUUAAGAAUAUAAUCUCAUAUUGGAUACUUCUUUCAUUAAUUUACCUAUUUGAGUAUGCUUUUAUGAGCCUUCUUCUAUGGUUUCACCUCUGGCCGUACAUUAAGCUAAUGAUCAUCUUCUGUCUCAUCAUACCAGACUUUGGACGAGCUUCAUAUGUUUAUAAUAACCUCAUUCGCCCCAUGAAACUGCAAAUAGUCUCAUGGAGGUUAAAUAACUACUGGAGGAAGUGUUUUGUUGAGAAAGAUGACUUUUUAAUGCAUGCAGAGAGAUAUAUGCAAGAGAACGGAACUGAAGCCUUAGAGAAACUCAUUGCUAGCAAGAACACAAUGUGUAGGCCUGAAGUGACAAAUGAAAUCAUAGCUACUGAUAAUAAAGAAAUGCUAAAGUCAAAUGCAGAAAGACUCCAAAUUGAGCACAAAGACAUCAAAGACUCGGACGCUGUUGAGAAAAAAGUACUUCCUGCUUUCAAGCAAGAUAUUCCUGUCUUGCCGAAAAUUGGGCCAAGUCAAAAUGCAUCAUUAGCCACAGUGGAAACCAAUGUAACAGCAGAAAGAAACAGCGCUGGUGGAGAGGUUCCUCAGAGUUCUACUUCUACACAGAAGGAAGUGCAGAAAGAGUGGACUUGUGCUUUAUGUUUGGUAACAACAACGAGUGAGAAAAUCUUGAAUUCCCACCUGAGUGGAAAGAAACACAGAGCUGCUCUUCAGAGGCAAAAGGAUGCAGAGACAAAUGGAGAAAGGAUCCUAACAGAACACAAAAUUAUCAAAGAUCUCGAUGCUGUUGAGAAAAAAGAAAUUCAUGAAACCAAGCAGGAUAUUCCUGUCAUACCUAAAAUUGGGCCAAGUCAAAAUGAAUCAUCAGCCUCAGUGGAAACCAAAGGAACAGUAGAGGGGGACAGGGCUGGUGGAGAGGUUCCUCAGAGUUCUUCUAUGCAGAUGGAUUUGCAGAAAGACCGGACUUGUGAUUUAUGUUUGACAACAGCAGAGGAAAUCUUGAAUGCCCGCUUCAGUGGAAGGAAACACAGUGCUGCUCUGCAGAAGCAAAAGGAUGCAGAAGCGAUAAAUGAAAUCACAACUACUGAUAAUAAAGAAAUACUAAAGGGGACAAAUGGAGAUAGACUCCAAACAGAACACAAAGACAUCAAAGAUUUGGAGGCUAUUGAGGAAAAAGAGAUUCCUGCAACCAAACAAGAUAUCCUCAUGCCUAAAAUUUGGCCAAGUCAAAUGCAUCGUCAGCCACAGUGGAAACCAAUGGAACAGCAGAGUGACACAGUUGGUGUAGAGGUUCCACAGAGUUCUACUAUUGCGCAAAAGGAAGUGCAGAAAGAGUGGGCAUGUGCUUUAUGUUUGGUAACAGUUCCAUGUGAAAAAACAUUGAAUUCCCAUCUUAAUGGGAGGAAACACAGAGCUGCUUGUGAAGCAGCUUUGAAAGCAAAGAAGCUAAAAAUCUACAAGGCCAAAGAGGAGGUGAAACAGGAGAAUUUUAGCAAUAAGUUAAAUUCUGAUGUUGAGAAUGGAGGUGGUAUUGUUAACAACAGGUUGAAGGGACCAGUAAGGAUGCAAAAGCUCCAUUUCAUAGGACCCACACCUUCUCCACAAGCUCUCAGUGGACCAACACCUUUCGGUGGACCAACAUCAUCCCCAAUAAGAGUUCCAUUUUCAUAUCAUAGAGGACCAACACCUUUCAGAGGACCGGCGCCUUUUGGAGGACCAACGCCACCUCCAAUAAGAGUUCCAUUUUCAUAUCAUGGAUCAGAUGGAUCAUGGGCACGUCAACCAGAGUUCACGUAUUUCAUUCCAACUCCUCCUAGGUUGCCACCUCUGGAACCAAACAGUCGUUGAAUCUUUAUUGUAUGCUGAUCUUAUACUUUUUUUUUGUGAUCAUUCUUGGUUACGAUCAUUUUUGUAUUUUGGUUAUGAUCAUAUGAUGAUGUAAAAGCCACUUGUUGAUUUUGAUGAUAACCGUAACAAUGGUCUAACUUACUACUAUAUGCAUCCUUAGAGGAUUUUAGGCAA